GGUUCAAUUCAGUUUAGAACAGUGCCUAAACCCAAUCACAUUGACUCAUAUUCGUCGGCAGUGACGACCACAGCUCUACACCGAGAAACAAUGGCGGCAACAACAAGUCGAGUUUUCUCUCUCAACCUUCAAAAGAGACUAUUAUCUUCUCUCUCUCAGAAACCAUUUUUGCAGAAGAAUUCUACUUCAUUAAAUCACUCAAUUCAGAGUAAUGGAGUUAUAAACCAGUUAUGCAGAAAUGGGAGAUUCAAAGAAGCCAUUGAUAUCUUAUGCGAGAAAAAUCUUGUCAAAGAAGCUGUUCAAUUGUUAAAUCACAUUCAGCAUCCCUCUGCUUCUAUAUACUCUUCCCUUUUGUUGAUAUGCCUUCAACAGAGAUCCCUUAAUGAGGGGAGAAGGGUUCAUGAUCAUAUCAAAGCUUCUGGUUUUGUUCCUGGGGUUUUUAUAUCGAAUCGUUUGAUGGAUAUGUACGUGAGAUGUGGGAGUUUGAGUGAUGCCCAAAAGGUGUUUGAUGAAAUGCCUGAGAGAGAUUUGUGUUCUUGGAACACUAUGAUUAAAGGGUAUGGUAAAACUGGGAAGGUAGAACUUGCUCGUAAGUUGUUCGAUGAAAUGCCGCAAAGAGAUGGGUUUUCCUGGACUGCCAUGAUAUCGUGUUAUGUUCAACAUAGGAGGCCAAAGGAGGCACUGAAUUUGUACAGGAAAAUGCAGAGUUGUGGGAGUUGGGAUUCCAAUAAGUUUACCAUCUCUAGUGUGAUAGCUGCUUCUGCUUCAUUACCGAGUUUACUUUCUGGGAAAGAAACCCAUGGGCGUAUUAUGAGGCUGGGUUUGGAAUGUGAUUCCGCGGUUUGGAGUGCACUAUCUGAUAUGUAUGCAAAAUGCGGCUGUAUUGAAGGAGCUAGGCAUAUAUUUGAUAAAACAGUGGACCGAGAUGUUGUUUCAUGGACGACAAUGAUAGAUGGAUAUUUUGAGGAUGGGAGGUGGAAAGACGGGUUUGGAUUGUUGUCGGAUAUGUUGAGGUCUCGAGUCAGACCAAAUGAAUUUACAUUUGCUGGUGUUUUGAAUGCUUGUGCUGAUCGAGCUUUGGAGAAUGUAGGGAAGCAGGCCCAUGGGCAUAUGAUCAGGAUCGGGGUUGAUUCGGAUUCAUUUGCUGCUAGUGCACUUGUUCAUAUGUAUUCCAAGUGUGGGAAUAUCAGUAGUGCAAAAAAUGCUUUUGAAGGGCAAUGUACACCUGAUUUAGUAUCAUGGACUUCACUUAUUGUUGGAUUUGCGCAGAAUGGUCAUACUGAGGAAUCUCUGGAACUCUUUGAAUUGAUGCUCAGAUCAGAUACUGAGCCUGAUCAUGUCACUUUUGUUGGAGUUCUUUCUGCCUGUACUCAUGCAGGGUUAGUUGAAAAGGGAAUUGAAUAUUUCCAUUCAAUAAAGGAUCGCCAUGGACUAACACCAAUUGUAGAACACUAUUCUUGCUUGAUUGACCUACUAAGCCGAGCUGGCCGUUUUAAGGAAGCUGAAGAAUAUAUUAUGAAUAUGCCUAUGAAGCCUGAUAAAUUUUUGUGGGCUUCUCUUCUUGGUGGCUGUCGAAUUCAUAAAAAUGUGGAACUAGCAGAAUUAGCAGCAAAAGCUUUGUUUGAGAUAGAGCCUGAAAAUGCUGCUACUUAUGCAACUUUGGCAAACAUAUAUGCCACUGCAGGUAGGUGGGAGGAAGUAGCAAAAGUCAGAAAGAUGAUGGAUAAUAGAGGGGUGGUCAAGAAGCCAGGUCUGAGUUGGAUUGAGGUCAGGCGACGGGUUCACAGGUUUCUUGUGGGCGAUACUUCUCAUCUCAGUUAUAAUGAAAUUCAUGCAUUCUUGGCAGAGAUAUCAAAGAAGAUGAAGCAAGAAGGUUAUGUUCCAGACACUGAUUUUGUACUCCAUGAUGUGGAAGAAGAGCAGAAAGAGCAGAAUUUAUCCUACCACAGUGAAAAGCUUGCAGUUGCUUUCGGAAUUGUCUCUACUCCACCUGGAACACCAAUCAAGGUCUUUAAGAAUUUAAGAACCUGUGUAGACUGUCAUACUGCAAUCAAAUUUAUUUCUAGGAUUACCAAAAGAAAAAUAAUUGUAAGGGAUUCAAACAGGUUCCACUUUUUUGAGGAUGGAAGCUGCUCUUGUGGUGAUUACUGGUGA